AUGUUGGCAAUAAUGGUUGCUAUAUUUAUGGUUUGCUGGCUGCCUUAUCAGCUAUAUCAUGCGCUCCUGGAACGGCUAAUCCAAAAUUUCGAGCUUGCUUCUCAUAGUUAUAUGAUUUUCUAUUGGCUUGCAAUGAGUGCAGCAUCGUAUAAUCCGUUUAUAUACUGCUAUACAAAUGCAAGGUAUGUCAUCGUUGCUUUUUAGCU